CAGUGAGGUAGUGUGGUUAGUAGUCACUGUGAGUGCAGUUGUUGCAGUGGAGGGAACGGAAGAAGUAACUAAUUGUAAUUCUUUAAUCACAUUGUCUUUCUAUGAUCGCUUACCUUGAUAUUUAACAAUCAUUUGUGAAAUUGAUCAAUAUUUUAACAACACAUAAAAUCUCCGUUUUGAUAAUUACUAGUGAUAGAUGUGUAUGACUGAAAAAUCUAAGUGAAAACAAUUUUUGCUUUGUAAAUAAUACAUUAUGGAUAUCAAGAAAUUGCAAGAAUUCAUGGAACUGGUAGGCAGAUUGAAGCAUAUGAAAAGAACAGGAUGGGUUCAUAAGAAUGUGUCUGAUCCAGAAACAAUCGCAGGUCACAUGUAUAGGAUGGCCAUGCUUUCCUUCUUGGUGAAUAAUGACGAGAACUUAGAUACAGUCAAAAUCAUGCAGAUGUCUUUAAUACAUGAUUUAGCAGAGUGUAUUGUGGGAGAUAUAACACCUCAUUGUGGUAUUCCACCUGAUGUAAAACAUAAAUUAGAGGAUGAAGCUAUGGAAAACAUUUGUGAACUCCUUGGAGACAGAGGACUUAUGAUAUUGGAAAUAUUUCGUGAAUACGAGAAGCAAGAAACCCCAGAAGCAAAAUAUGUUAAAGAUUUAGACAGAUUAGAUUUAAUUAUGCAAGCAUAUGAGUAUGAAAAAAGGGAUAAUAUUCCUGGAAAGUUGGAGGAAUUCUUUUCGUCAAAUGAUGGAAAGAUAGGACAUCCUUUUAUCAAGAAACUAGCAUCUGAAAUUACUGCAACAAGGCAGGCUCUAUGUAGCAGUUCAACUAGUUCAAUAUAAAGUUUUAUUUGUUUGUUAUGAAACAAAACAUCAUAAAUUUCAUAACUGUAUUUAAUAACUAUAAUAUAAUAAUAUAAUAUUUUGAUGGAAAAUAAAGAUAAAUAUGUUUAGA